UCCAGUCAGAACACCGGGGAACGGUGGGUGUGAUGCCGCUGAACGCGUGGCUGUCGGACCGCUGUCAGAGUUCUGCUGUUCCUCAACCUUAGAAGCAAACAGAAAUCAAAGCCGCUGUUAAGGACUGAGGACCCUCGGUGGGAAGUGGCCGCCCGGAGCUUGUCAGCAUGCGGCUCCUUCUGAGCGUCCUGUACCCGCUCCUUUCCCUCACCUUGUUCGGACUCUAUCCAUCCAUGACUAUCGGCCCUAAGGAGGGUUGGCAAGUGUACAGCUCAGCCCAGGAUGCUGACGGCCGCUGCAUCUGCACUGUGGUAGCACCGGAACAGAGCCUGUGCUCCAGAGAUGCAAAAAGCAGACAGCUCAGACAGCUGCUAGAAAAGGUGCAGAACAUGUCCCAGUCCAUUGAAGUGCUGAACCUGCGGACUCAGAGGGAUUUCCAGUAUGUCAUAAAGAUGGAGAACCAGAUGAAAGGCCUGAGGACGAAGUUCAGACAGGUUGAUGAUGACAGGAAAUCCGUCAUGGCCAAGAAUUUCCAGGAGCUUAAGGACAAGAUGGACGAGCUGAAGCCUCUGAUACCUGUGCUGGAGCAGUACAAGAUGGACGCUGCACUCAUCUCACAGUUCAAGGAGGAGAUCAGGAACCUCUCCGUGGUGCUGACGGGAAUCCAGGAGGAGCUUGGGGCCUACGAUUACGACGAGCUUUACAAGAGAGUCCUGCGACUGGACAGCAGGCUCCGCAGCUGCAUGGGCAAACUUACAUGUGGGAAAUUAAUGAAAAUCACUGGACCUGUUACAAUAAAGACAUCUGGAACCCGGUUUGGAGCUUGGAUGACUGAUCCGCUUGCAACGACCCGAAACAACAGGGUUUGGUACAUGGACAGCUACACCAACAGUAAGAUUGUUCGCGAAUUCAAGACAAUAGAAGACUUUGUGUCAGGAGUGGUUUCUCGAACCUACAGCCUCCCAUUUAAGUGGGAGGGAACCAAUCACAUGGUCUACAAUGGUUCUCUCUACUACAACAAAUACCAGAGCAACAUCAUUGUCAAGUACAGCUUUGAGACCGGCACCGUGCUUGCCCAGCGAGCUCUGGAGUUUGCCGGCUUCCACAACAUGUACCCUUACACUUGGGGAGGAUACUCUGACAUAGACGUCAUGGCCGAUGAACUAGGAAUGUGGGUUGUAUAUGCAACCAAUCAAAACGCCGGUAAUGUUGUGAUCUCCCAGAUAGACCCCGACACCUUGCAGGUCUUGAAGACAUGGUAUACCGAAUACUCAAAAAGAAACGCAGGGGAAUCGUUCAUGAUCUGCGGGACGCUUUAUAUCACCAACUCUCAUCUGUCAGGAGCUAAGGUUUACUACGCUUACUCUACCAAGACUUCCACCUAUGAAUACAUAGAUAUACCGUUCCACAACCAGUACUUUCACAUCUCCAUGCUUGACUAUAAUGCCAGAGAGAGGGCACUGUAUGCCUGGAAUAAUGGGCACCAGGUAAUCUUUAAUGUCACCCUUUUUCAUGUCAUAAAAACGGAUGACGACUCCUAAAUGUGUGCCAACAACAACUGAAGCACCACUGUUUGUGAUACAAGGACCAGCUAAUUAACAGUUUUUUUUUUUCAUCAGAAUUGGACUGUGCUGUCUCUACUUGAAGCUUUUUGAAUUUUUGGCUCUGUAGUUUUUGGCAGACUUGGGUGUGGACACCAGUGACUUUACAAUAAGUGAAGUGUUUCUACAAAUUUCCCUUGCUGCUGAUUAGUCUGGUAUGCCUUAUUUGCGAAGUGUUGGGUUUUCCAGCCAAAAAAACUCAAAUCUUUUGCAUGAAUGUCAUGAAUUUGCCUAUUUAACCUGAUACAACAUAGUUGUUUUGUUGCAAGUUAGAAAUUUGCUUUCAGUGUUUGCUUUCUUUGUGUAUUUAAAGACUAUUUAAAGUUGUAAUUGAAGAUUGAAAGCAACCUACGGGCCAUUUGCCACAAUGUAAAUGAUAAAACGGUUACAUUUUUUAAAAUAAUUUAUUGAUGAUAUAAUGUCUCUGUGAAAAAAGAAUGUUUGUAUUUUUUAUAAACAAGCCCAUAGAAGAUGUUGUGUGCAUUUUCAUUACAAGGGAACAUUGUACAUUUCAUAGUAUUUUUAAGUGCUGAAAAAAAAAC